GAGCUUAUAGACACAUUUCCCGGAAUCACUAUUUCAUUGCCAUCAUAUUUAAUUUCUUCUCCAAGCAGUCUGCUUAGUGCUUUGCCGACCUUCACUGCAACUUCUGAUGAAACUCUCAGACUUCUCUUCUCUUUACCCAUCCCCUCUCAGCUUUUGAUCAUUUCUCUUUCUUUUUCUUUUUUUUUUUUAUGAUUUUAUUUUAUCUUUUUUAUUCAUAGCCGCCAUGGAUAUUGACAUCUUGAAGUCUGCUUCUUCUGAGGCUGAUCAGAUGGAGAUGAUGCUUAUGAUGCAGAUGGACAAGCUCCCCGGCGACGGCUUCUCCGGCGCCGGGGAUAAUUAUUCCGACGUCAACAACGUGCAAGUCAUGGAUUUUAGCUCACAGGGGAUAAUUGAUAGUAGUUUCAUGAACGCGGCUUUAGCCGGCUCUCCUCCGGCGGCUUAUAACGAGCCGCCGUGUUUUCCGGGGGAUUCUGUUGGGCGGUUACGGGGCGAAUUUUCCGGGGGGAGCGGUUAUCCACCUCAGAAGGGGUCCACCUCGAUGGCGGCAAUGAGGGAGAUGAUAUUCCGGAUAGCCGCCAUGCAGCCGAUCCAUAUCGACCCGGAGUCGGUCAAGCCGCCGAAGCGGCGCAACGUGAAGAUAUCGACGGAUCCCCAGAGCGUGGCGGCGCGUCACCGGCGGGAAAGGAUCAGCGAGAAGAUCAGGAUCCUCCAGAGACUCGUCCCCGGCGGGACCAAGAUGGACACCGCUUCCAUGCUCGAUGAAGCCAUCCAUUACGUCAAGUUCUUGAAAAAUCAGGUGCAGUCGCUCGAACGCGCCGGCGCAAGUCGCCGGCCAACUGGGAUAGGGUUCCCGGUUCCAGUAUCAUCGACCAGCACUUAUCUGCCUACCUCAGCAACUCAGCAUUAUGGCGAGCCUUAAUUACAAAGGUGUAGUUAUUUUUAGCAUAAAUGCAUGGUUUUAGUGAUAAUUAAUAAUGAUAAUCACUUGUAUGAUCCUUGUUAGGGUUAAUUUGCCAUGCACGUGUUGUAUCACGCUAGAACAAUUAAUAUAUGGUAUAGUACUAUAGUAUAUAUAAGUACAAAUGAUUAAAGCCUAAUCAUAUUCUUGAUAUUCAAUAAUUUUGCUUUUCUUUCUCUGAUCUGUAACGUAACCGUUAUUGACGAUGAAUAUAUAAAAUAAUAUAGCAAUAAUUAUGGCUUCCCAAAA